CGCGCUUUCCUGCACUGGGCAAUCUUGCGGUGUGGCAAAACGCAACACGAGAUUUCGAUUUCGCAUUCCGGCAUUGAAUUUAUCACUGAAAUAAGCACAUUGAACCGCCAGCGAUGCAUCCCGAUCUCACGGAGCGCAUUCUCCAGCACCUGGAGACCGCCGACAAGGUGGACACCCUGGACCUGGCCGGCCUUUUCUCGGAGGAUCACCAGAAAAUAGUGGGUGCUCUGAAGAGCAUCCAGGCGCAUGGCGAACUGGUCACGGCGGAAACGGCCACCCACAAGAGUCUGGGCCUCACGGACGAAGGUCGCGCCGUCGUGGAGCACGGCAGUCAUGAGGCCUUGGUCUACGCCGCAGUGCCUCCGGAGGGAAUCGCCCAGGCAGCUCUGAUGGCCGCCGGAGGACCGAAUGCCAAAGUGGGUUUCAGCAAGGCCAUGUCACACGGCUGGAUUCUGGUGGACAAGAGCGUCAGUCCACCACUGGUGCGGCGCAAGGUGGACACCAUUACGGAUGCGGUGCGGGAGCAACUGCAGCAGGUGGCCAAGGGCAAAGGUGGCCAACUGCCAGCCAAGGAGGUGGCCGACUUCAAGAAACGCAAGCUCCUGCAGGAGACCACCACCAAGAGCUUUGUUCUGGCCCGUGGCCCGGAGUUUGCCACCACUCUCACCAAGCUAGAGACGGAUCUCACCGUGGAAAUGCUGGCCAGCGGCUUGUGGGAUCAGCUUAAGUUCAAAUCCUACAACUUUGAUGCCUUGGGAGCGCCACCGACUCGUGGACAUCUCCAUCCUCUGCUCAAAGUGCGCACUGAGUUCCGGCAAAUAUUCCUCGAGAUGGGCUUCUCUGAGAUGCCCACCAACAACUAUGUGGAGUCGUCUUUCUGGAACUUUGAUGCGCUGUACCAGCCGCAACAGCAUCCGGCUCGCGAUGCCCACGACACCUUCUUUGUGAACAAUCCGGCGAGGAGCCACAAGUUCCCGCAGGAUUAUCUGGAGCGCGUGAAGAAAGUGCACUCGCAGGGUGGCUAUGGAUCCAAGGGUUACGGCUACGACUGGAAGUUGGAGGAGGCGCAGAAGAAUCUGCUGCGCACACACACCACGGCCGUGAGCGCCAGGAUGCUGUACAAGUUGGCCAACCAGGAGGGCGGCUUCAAGCCGGCCAAGUACUUUAGCAUCGACAAGGUGUUCCGCAACGAAACCCUGGACGCCACUCAUCUGGCGGAGUUCCACCAAGUGGAGGGCGUGAUCGCAGAUGUUGGUUUAACGCUGGGCGAUCUCAUUGGCACGCUAUACGAGUUCUUCAGGAAACUGGGCAUCACGCAGCUGGAAUUCAAGCCUGCGUACAAUCCGUAUACAGAGCCCAGCAUGGAGAUCUUCUGCUAUCAUCCCGGCCUGGGCAAGUGGAUCGAGGUGGGCAACUCGGGCGUCUUCCGGCCGGAGAUGCUGCUGCCCAUGGGACUGCCAGAGAACGUGAACGUGAUCGCCUGGGGCCUGUCGCUGGAGCGACCCACCAUGAUCAAGUACGGCAUCAACAACAUUCGGGACCUGGUCGGACCCAAGGUGGAUCUGAAGAUGGUGGAGGAGGGCCCCAUCUGCCGGCUGGACCACGCUUAAUGCCUUAAAAACCUUAAGACCUCCGAUCAAAUAGCAUUUUUUCACAUACGAAUGUUCCAAAAAUAUUUAUAAACAAAUUUCCACCACA